GGAUACGUAGGUUACUUCCCGCCAAACCUCAAAACCCUAGCCUCCAUUCUUUCCUCUCCUUGAACAGUUAACCACCCCGCACCCCCCCUGUCUCCCUCUCUCCACCAAUACCUCCUAACCCUAGACAUGGAACCUCGGGCAGUGAAAUCAAACCUAGUCCUGAUCUUAGACUACGGUUCCCAAUACACCCACCUCAUCACACGCCGUAUCCGAAGCCUCUCAGUCUUCUCACUCUGCAUCUCCGGCACAUCCUCUCUCAAAUCCAUCACCGACCUAGACCCAACUGUGAUUAUCCUCUCCGGUGGUCCACACUCCGUCCACGCCGCGAACGCUCCUUGUUUCCCUACUGGGUUCGUCGAGUACGUCGAGUCCAAGGGCGUGUAUGUUUUGGGCAUAUGCUAUGGAUUACAAUUGAUUGUGGAGAGACUUGGCGGUGAAGUGAGGGUUGGUGAGGAACAGGAGUAUGGGAGGAUGGAAAUUGAGGUUGAGAAGUCCUGUGGUUUGUUUGCGAACAAAGAGGUUGGUGCUAGGCAGGUUGUGUGGAUGAGUCACGGUGAUGAGGCUAAGAAGUUGCCGGAUGGGUUUGAAGUGGUGGCUAGGAGUCAGCAGGGUUCGGUGGCUGCGUUGGAGAAUCGAGCAAGAAGGUUUUAUGGGCUUCAGUAUCAUCCUGAGUUGAUGGAGGCACCAGGUGCAUGGAAGAUAGCUUGGGCAGUGCUAAGGCGCAAGGUGAUCAAGUUGACAGCUGGGCGAGGGCACUGGCUGGGAUCAGCGAGGGCCUUGACUAUCCUGGGCAAGGGCCCUUGGGCGCCUGCUGGCCUACCCCCCCUCCCUUUUUUUUUCUCCUUAGGCAACGCCUCUUUUUUUUUUCUUGGGCGACACCCAGGAGGAGACUAG